GUUGGAGAAAAUCCCACCGUGACGUGUAAGGACCUGUCACAUUAUAUAAAGGCAGAGAUCGGCUCCUUGCUAUUAUUAUCUUGUGUAUCAACAACAAGACAUAGUGUACCUACUGCUGUCUAGGGGUCACACUGAGUUAUAGCCUAUUCAGAGCUAUACAGCUAUAGAAGCAGCUAUACAGCGAAACGCAUCCAUGAAGCUCGAAUCGAGAAAAUCCUCAAUGAAGAGGACUGAGAGCCAGAAAGAGACCGUACCAAACAAAGAUCAGAAAGCCAUCAUUGAGUGUGCGCAACAGCUGCGUAAAAUCGGAGACCUCUUCAACCUGAAAUACAUCCUGGCGGAUAUGCGAGCUAAGAUCUCAACGGAUCCGAAAGUCAAGUGAAAUGGAUACAGUAGCUGACUGAUGGUAAAGUGGAUGGAAAUCGGAUCAUUAUGCCUUAACAACAGGUCACUUGUUGCGUUCGUUGCAAUGAGAAGAGUUUGUUAUAAUAACACGCAAAGACAAUGCGGACCUCACACGCCCGUGCCCGGAGCUAGACUGCUCUCGACCGGAGUAUCUUUCUGGACGCUCCUUCAACAAAGACUGGCUUUUUACGCCUUGCGUCCCGGGACGCAGGUGGGUAUUUGUCCACGAAGUCUAAGAGAUGUAUACCACCACACUAUUGGAAUAUUUAGGCCGGGGGAAAUGGAGAUGGGUCGGGAAGCCGGAACAGAACAUUCAGAGAAAAUAGAAGACAGGAUAGCUAACCAACAUGUAGCCUAAAAGAGAGACUGAGUAUCAUAAUAUAUCUUAUUUUUUUGUUAUACUUCGCAGAUGAUUAAAUGUUUGAUUCUAAUGGUCGGGGGGUUUUAUGCUGUCUUUUUAAAAAGUUUGUUUGGGUGAUCGAUAUUUGCUGAUUGUUUGAAAAUAAUGUCAAUAAAUGUUUUUAUUUA